GCCAAAAUGUUUAUGUAAAAGAAUAUUUCAUUGGAUGGCCAGAGGGAUUUUUAGGGGAUCAAUGAAAUAAUUGAAAUAAAAAAUAAUGAAAAUCAUCAUGGCCCAUACCAUUUUACAACUGCUUAAAUGAUGAAAUUUAAAAUAUUUCAUAUCUAGCCCAAUCAUCGAUUUUUAGAUUAAGGAGACCCUUAAUUGUUUAAAAAAUAGUAAUCUGAAAGUUGACUUUGUGGCAAAUGGCUAAGAGAGGCUGUUUAUUUUUGUCCAAUGAAAAGUGUGUGAAAAUGGCUGACACGCUGAAAGGUUUAAAAUGAUUUAAAUAAGACACAUGUAUUCAUUAAAUCUCACCAGAGGAACAAAGCUAACAGAACUCAACACAAGGAAGAACUUGUGGUUAAGUUUUUUUCUAAAAUGGGUGUACUUUGUGCAUGUAAAUGAGAGUAAGUAACAUUAUUUUGUUAUGGAUAUUACAUACAGUAUUGUGCAAAAGUAAUGCAAACACCUGUCGACGAAAUUCGACGAAAUUCCUGACUUUUCGACGAAUUCUUGACCGAAACGAAACUUCGACGACAUUUCCGCGAAUUUUCGAGGCAUGUAUUGUUUUGAACGGCUCGAACUUUCGGCGACAAAUUCCUUGAUGGCGUAAAUGCGACUCGAAAUUUCGAGCGAAAAUUCGUUCUAUGUGGCGAAUUUUCGGGGCGAAAAUUCGUUCUAUUGUUCAUUCUUCUCAAAAAGAUUUGGUUGAAUUUGUGGUUGGUUACUACACUAUUUAAUAGUCCCAUAAAAUUUCCCGCUACGAUUCCAGUCUCGGCGCGCCCUAUAUUGUUUGCAACCAUGGCAACACUCAGUAUAUUAAUUGUGUCGAUGCGUUUGGGAUCAUUUAUGUACUCUACUUUUGAUAGUCAUCAUGGCAAAAGUUUCAAAUUAUUCUAGAAAUAGAAUCGAGAUCCUGUUAGAGAGAUCUUGUUAGAUUUUAGAUACAGCAUCACCUUCAUCAGUUGUGAUCUCUUCGUCGGAUUCAUUUGAUGGUGAAGAAGAUGGAUAUCCUUUGUCCUCCAUAACAGCGGUGGAGGCUGAAUCUAAUAGUUUUUCGCAAGAAGACCUUGGAAUUACCCCAGACCUAGUAUCCAAAGCCAUCAGGACUAUUGACAAUACAGCAAGUGUAAGUCAUAACCUAAAACAUUUUUGAUCUUCACUUAACCUAAACUUCAAAGCAUGUCAUUUUAAGCAUUUAGGCCAUUUCGUCCAUUGGAAUAAAAAGCGGCUUUGAAAUAAAUCAGGGUUUCAAACUUAGCUUUACACUUUUGGAUGUGACAUGCCUAAUAUUUUUUAUAUAGUGGACGAACCAGAAUGACUACAGCACCCAAAUGAUGGCGACUGAAGAACUUCAGUUUAUCGGGACUGUCUUGGGCAGGCUUGAGUGCUCCUUUGCCAGGCAGGAGGCCAAGAUGGAUCGCAUCCUGACCUUGCUGACAUCUUCAACUUCUUUGCUGCAAACUCCUCUGUGUACGUCCUUAACACCAGUUAACUCACAUUUUACGACGCCAUUGCCGACCGAUUCUUCCGCUGAAUUUCCACCGCACCCUGUCACGCCUAGGCCGCAGGACGUGGAAGUUCGUUGUCCAAAUCAGUCCUCUUCUAUGUGUAGUCCUAUGGAAGAUGGUAAAUAAUAUCGUUUAUUUUACUUGUGUGAAGGAAAAAUACCCAAAUAGAAAUCCGUGAACUUGCCUGAUCCUUCACACUCUUGCUGAGCAUUAAAUUAGUUUUGAUGGAUAAAACUAUUUUGAGAAUGAAACUUACCUGUUUUAUAUGUUAUUUUUAAGGAAAUGGUACAGUUGCAGUUGGAGGAAAUGCUAAUGUGCGGCUGACAAAAUCUGACUACAAUUUUGCGAAGGCUGCCUCCAAACCCACCGUCAUGAGCCUUCGUCUAGUUGACCACCUCUUUACAAAAGACGCCCUUACGAAGUCAACUGUUCAGGGUACCAAGGAAUUUGCUCCCCUUGACCAAGACAAACUUGAUGCAAUUAAAAGUGAGUAGAUGAAUAUUUAUUGUUAAAAACUACGCAGAUAUGGAAUUUGUUUUCUUAAAAUCGCAAUGUAUAAUUUGGGGCUGACUUUAUUCUGUUUGAAAGGAACUUCUUAAUAACCCUCACCGGAUUGUAGUUAUUUAUUUAUGUUGGUGGUUAGGAAGCCAGGAUGAAUAGCCAGUUUAUUUGUCAACAUUGAUUAAUCGCUGUUCAUUUGCAUUCUUUUCAGCUGAAGUGCUGACCUCCUUUUCUUAUCAAUGCCAGGGAAUGGAAGACAAUCGACGGAUGUGGAAACAGUGUAAAAUAAGUAUUGGCAAAAGAUGUCAGAAUUUACGAAAAAAUAGAGCAAUGUGACUAAACUAAUUGUUGUUUUCAGUCGUCACAAAUUG